AUGAAGCGCUUUGGAUAAUCUCCAUUAUUGGGUUUGGCACUUAAAAAUUAAAAUAAAAUAUUUUAAAUAAUGAUCGAAUCAAUAUUCUUUUUCUGUUGCUUGAAUCAAAAUUUGUCGAAAUAAUUGAUUUAAGAGUUUUGGCAUUGGCAAGCAUUUCUGGCUGGAGAUAAUAUUUAAUUUAAAGAUAAGCUUCUCUAGAAAGGAGUAUUUAAAUCAUUAAUCAAAUUAUCAAUUAGGUAUAAAACUGAUUUUGUCGUCUUCAACACAAUAAUGUUGGCUAUUAGUAAUUUAGCAAGAGGAAAAACCAACCACAAAUAUAGUAAUUUAUUGACUUAUAAAUAGUAUUAAAAGAGAUUAAUAUAUAUUCUUUCACAUAUAAUAAUUGGCAUUGAGGAUAAAGAAUUGUGAAUAGAUGCUUGUUGGGGUUUGAGUUAUUGAAACGAAGAAGAAAGUCAAAUAAAUACAUUAAUUAGUUAUGGAGUUGUUGAUAAAUUAACUUUGUUAUAGAUUCUUAAUAUUUUAAAAUCAUAUUACAAUCUGAAAAAAAAUAAUUAUAUUCCCUGCUUUGAGGAUCAAAGGAAAUAUUUUAUCUGGUAAUAAGACAUAAUCAGAUCAUAUUUUAAAGACUGGAGUGUUAUCAAGAUUCGAAAUAUUACUUUAACAUAAAAAUAAAGAUUCGAAGAUAAGUCUAGUAAGGUAUGUUUUUAAGUACAAUAUAUUAUUAUAAAUGAAUCACUCUUGAAGUCCUAAGUAAACUAUUAGAUUAAGAUAUUCUAGAAAUUAAAAAACAAAUAGCUUUUUAUCUGACUAAUUCUGCAGAAUUAGAUGACUUAGAUCAUCUUGUUAUGUCACAUGAAUUUAUUAAAAAAUUAUCAAACCAUUUAGAUUCGAAUAAUAAAACAAUAAUUUAAGGAAGUCUUUAGGGGAUUUUUGAAUUUAUAAAAGAGGUCAUAAUUAUAAAUCAUCUAGUUCAAUAUGAUGAAAAAUUUUUAAUUUCAAAAAAAUUGAUUAAAGUUCAAAAAUUAUAGAAAAGUUCAAUAAUUUUAAAUUCAUUUAUCUAAAGUAUAAAAAUGCUAAUAAAAUAUUAAGCCAUCAAAGAUAUUUGA